AUUGAAACGUCGGAAAAAGAUUGUAGAAGAAAAAGUAUUCGAAUGUGUUUCGUCGGUGACAUGAUCGGACAAGUUGCGAGAUCGUCUUAUGAAAGAAGACUGUUGAAGAUCUAGUGAUGCAGUGACGUUGACGAACAGAGAGAGAGAGAGAGAGAGAGAGAGAGAGAGAGAGAGCGAGAGAGAGAGAGAGAGAAAGAGAAAAAAAUGAAAACGAAAGCGAAUCUAGUUGGGUUUCUGUUGUUGGCAAUCUUUUGUUAUAUCGUUCGGGCAUUACAAAACGUUGAGUCGAUUGAAUCAUUGAAUGAAGAAACAAACAAGCAGAAAAAAGAAUGCUCUGAGAUGCGUAUUCUAGAUGCUACCAAGAUUGUUAAAGAUAACAACAAAAUUGACACGCAUGGUAUUUUUCUUUUAAAUCGUCUCAAUCAGGAACAUUCGAAAAAGGAUCAAAAACAAAAUGCUAAAAUAAAAACGGUUAAUGGAAAAAUUAACAACGAACUACGAGGUCGACCGAAAAGAAAGAAACGUCGCAGAAGACAUCGAGCCUUGAUGGCACUGCUAUUGGCAUACAAAAUGAAGUUUAUAGCAUUGAUACCAACAAUGUUAGGUGGUUUGAUCUUACUAAUCGGUAAAGCACUACUCGUGGGAUUCUUCUUCUCCCUUUUUGCUGCUGUCUUAAGUCUGAAGGGCCACUAAAAUCUACGUAUGUACAUGCGUCAUCGAUGAUAGAAUGAAAAUAUCAUCAAAACCUGUUUAAAAAUGUCCUAUGCUUAUGGAAAUAAGAAAAAAGAAAUCAAAAGGACGAAUGGAUUCAUUCAAUCAAAACGGGUGAUAUAUGAUUACUCGUAUCCUUGAUAUUAAAAAUUUUCA